CGCCUCGCGCCGCUGGCGCUGAGGAAAGGAAGUUGGCUUAGGAGCGGCCUGGGCCUGUGGACAAGGCCGUGGUCCGCACCGGCGCCUGCUUCCACACACCGAGGGCGGCGCGAUGGGAGACGAGAUGGAUACCAUGAUCCCGGAGCGGGAGAUGAAGGAUUUUCAGUUUAGAGCACUGAAGAAGGUGAGAAUCUUUGACUCCCCUGAAGAGUUACCCAAGGAGCGCUCAAGUCUGCUUGCCAUAUCCAACAAAUAUGGUCUGGUCUUUGCUGGUGGAGCCAGUGGGUUGCAAGUUUUUCCUACUAAAAACAUUCUCAUUCAAAACAAACCUGGAGAUGACCCCAAUAAAAUAGUUGAUAAAGUCCAAAGCUUGAUGGUUCCUAUGAAAUUCCCAAUACAUCACCUGGCCCUGAGCUGUGAUAACCUUACACUCUCUGUGUGCAUGAUGUCCAGUGAAUAUGGCUGCAUCAUCGCUUUUUUUGAUGUUCGCACAUUCUCAAACGAGGGCAAACAGCAGAAACGCCCGUUUGCCUAUCACAAGCUUUUGAAGGAUGCAGGAGGCAUGGUGAUCGAUAUGAAGUGGAACCCCACUGUCCCCUCCAUGGUGGCAGUUUGUCUGGCUGAUGGCAGUAUUGCUGUCUUGCAAGUCACAGAAGCAGUCAAAGUGUGUGCCACUCUUCCUCCCUCAGUGGCAGUUACAUCUGUGUGCUGGAGCCCCAAAGGAAAGCAGCUGGCAGUGGGAAAACAGAAUGGAACCGUGGUCCAGUAUCUUCCUACUUUGCAGGAAAAAAAAGUCAUUCCUUGUCCUCCAUUUUAUGAGUCAGAUCAUCCUGUCAGAGUUCUAGAUGUGCUUUGGAUUGGUACCUAUGUCUUCACAAUAGUAUAUGCUGCUGCAGAUGGGACCUUGGAAACGUCUCCAGAUGUAGUAAUGGCUCUCCUACCGAAAAAAGAAGAAAAGCACCCAGAGAUAUUUGUGAACUUUAUGGAGCCCUGCUAUGGCAGCUGCACAGAGAGACAGCAUCAUUACUAUCUCAGUUGCAUCGAGGAAUGGGAUUUAGUGCUCGCAGCAUCUGCGGCUUCAACAGAAGUUAGUAUCCUUGCUCGACAAAGUGAUCAGAUUAAUUGGGAAUCUUGGCUGCUGGAGGAUUCUAGUCGAGCUGAACUGCCUGUGACAGAUAAGAGUGAUGACUCCUUGCCCAUGGGGGUUGCCAUAGAUUAUACCAACCAAGUGGAAAUCGCCAUCAAUGGUGUGCUUUGUCCGUUUUAUAUGAUCAAUCAAAAUCCUGGGGUUAGGUCCCUCAUCAAGACCCCAGAGCGGCUUUCAUUAGAAGGAGAACGACAGCCCAAGGCAUCAGGAAGUACUCCAACUACCCCAACCUCCUCUCAAGGCCUGCAGAAACUUGAUGCCUCAUCAGCAGUGGCAGCCUCUUCCUCCCUUGCACCAGUGUCCCCUGCUGCUCCCAUCGCCACCUUCCCCGUGCCCUCUGUUGGAGGGACCCCUUCGGUGUUCUUUGGCUCGUCAUCCUUGAAGUCAUCUGCUUCUGUCACUGCAGAGCCUCCUUCAUAUCCUAGUGGCUCUGACAGUCCCAGAUCAGCCUUGAGUUCUGGCACCUCUACCUUUUCUUUUGCUCCUCCUUCCAAAGCCCCCAUUACCCCUACCCCUGCAGCAUCUCCCAUGGCCCCAUCUGCUGCUUCCUUCUCCUUUGGAUCGUCGGAUUUUAAGCCCACCCUGGAAAGCACACCAGUGCCAAGUAUGUCUGCUGCAAACACAGGAAUGAAGCCCUCCUUCCCACCCUCAGCCUCUGCAGUCAAGGUCAACUUUAGUGAAAAGUAA